AUGCCGUCCGCCGCUGGACCGAGCAGUCCCACCGCCGCCCUGGCUGAAGCCCUGGAGAACUCCUCCAGGCUGAUCGACAGACACCUGCAAGAUGACCGCUGCUUCCCGGACCUGUCGGAGCUCCUCAGUGUCCCCUCUCACAACAUGCCGUCCCUCUCCGGAGGAACUGACAUGGACUACCCGCUCCAGGGACCCGGUUUACUGAGUGUGCCAACUCUUCCAGAGCUCAGUGCAGUCCGCCGAGUCCCUCUGCCACCGGAGCUGGUGGAGCAGUUCAGCCAUAUGCAGUUUAACUGCAUGAUGGGAGUUUUUCCAGAGAUUUCUCGAGCUUGGCUCACAAUCGACAACGACAUCUUUAUGUUCAAUUAUGAAGAUGGAGGGGAUGUAGCUUAUUUUGAUGGCCUGAUUGAAACAAUUCUGGCAGUGGGCCUCGUGAAACCAAAACCAGGGAUUCUGCAGCCACACAUUCACUACCUCUUAGUCCUCGCCACGUCUGUGGACGUCGUGAUCCUCGGACUCAGUUUCCCCAGAAGCCAAGCUGGUCUGAAUGACAGCAUGUCUGGCGGGAUGCAGCUCCUCCCAGACCCCCUGUUCUCAAUCCCCACUGACAACACCUACAUCCAGUCCAUCACCUCCACCGACCUUGGCCGUAUCUUUAUGGCGGGGAAGGACGGCUGCCUGUAUGAGAUCGCCUACCAGGCGGAGGCGGGCUGGCUGAGCCAACGCUGCAGAAAAAUCAACCACUCCAAAAGCUCUCUGUCGUUUCUCAUCCCCUCUGUGCUUCAGUUCUCCUUCUCUGAGGAUGACCCCAUUGUGCAGAUUGCAGUCGAUAACUCGAGAAACAUACUCUUCACACGCUCUGACAAAGGCGUCCUGCAGGUGUAUGAUCUUGGUGCUGAUGGUCAAGGGAUGAGUCGUGUGGCAACAAUGUCUCAGAGCUCCAUAGUUGCAGCUGCUGGAAACAUUGCCAGGACGAUAGAUCGUUCAGUGUUCAAACAGAUCAUCCAGAUCUCAGUGAUUGAUCGAUCGGAGUCUUCCGACUGCCACCUGCUAGCCGUCACACAUGCAGGUGUGCGUCUCUACUUCACCACCGCACCUUUUGCACCUCCGCACCAGAAGCAGGUCGCGGUCCGGCCCAGCUUGUUGGCUUUGAUCCACGUCCGCCUGCCACCGGGCUUUUCUGCUUCCUCCACUCUGCAGAAACCCUCAAAGGUCCACAAAGCUCUCCACAGCAAAGGUGUUCUGCUCAUGGCCGCUUCCGAGACCGAGGACAGCGACAUUCUGUGGUGCAUUAACCACGACUCCUUUCCCUUCAAGAAACCCUUGAUGGAAACACAGAUGAUGUCUAAUGUCGAUGGACACUCUUGGACUCUUUGUGCCAUUAAUGAAGAGAAACCCGCCAAGAUUUUCACUCCUCUAAACAAGGAUCAAAUCCCCGUCACUGAUUCCCCCGUGGUGGUCCAGCAGCACAUUAUCCCCCCUCAGAAGUUUGUCCUUCUCUCUGCCAAGGGGAGUCACAUUUUCCAAAAGCUGCGCCCAGUGGAUCAGCUCCGUCACCUCCUGGUGAGCUGUGCCGGAGGAGAGAGCGAAGAGAUUGAACGCUUCUUCAAGCUGCACAGGGAGGAGCAGGCCUGCGCCACGGCAUUAAUUCUGGCUUGUUCCAGUUCUGCCAGCGACCAAGAAGUUUCACAGUGGGCCACCAGAGCCUUCUUCAGAUAUGGAGGAGAGGCCCAGAUGAGAUUCCCCGCCGCCAUGGCGGCUCCCAGUACAGUUGGACCAAUGAUGAGCUCCCCAGCACCAGGGAUUGUACCCCCAGCACUGGCCACACCCUUUGCACCAAUGCAUUCUGGAUCUGCUCCCAUCACACCCAUGUCUGCCGGCCCAGAGGUGAUUUUCUCUGGCAAACACAACGGCAUCUGCAUUUACUUUGCUCGAAUUCUUGGGAAUAUUUGGGACGGGACACUCGCUGUUGAAAAAACAAUCAGCAAAGGAAAUCAGACUGUCAGUAUUCUGGAAAGCAGUGUUGCUGCGUGUGACGUGGAGGCGGUUCGCCUCGAGCUCUGCGGCCUGCAGGAGUUCCUCGAUAAAAACUCCCAGUUUAGCCCCUCCUUUCUCGGUUCUGCAAGCUUCAGCUCCCCUGCCAACCUGCAGCAAAGGCUUCUGGGAUUUAUGCGUCCUGAUGGAGCCAACUCUCAGCAGGUUCAGCAGGAGCUCCAGAGGAAAUACCACACCAAGGCUCAGGUCUACGAGAAAGUGUCCCUGCAGGGGAUCCAGCAGCUGGUGCAUCGUUCCUGUCAGACUCUGGCCCUCUGGAAGUUUCUCUGUGAUCAUCAGUUCAGCCUCAUUAUGUCCGAGCUGCCAAAGGAGUUCCAGGAGCAGAUGAAGGGAGUGAGCUUUAAAGACGUGGUGAUCCGAGGGAAGGAACUGUCCGGAGCGCUGAUCACCGGACUGAUUAAUGUCUACAUCAAAGACAACGCCUCUGUGGACGCCGUGAGCAAUCACCUGAGGGACAUCUGUCCCCUGCUGUACAGCAGCGACGACAGCAUUUGCUCCAAGGCUAAUGAGCUGCUGCAGAGCUCCAAGCAGAUCCAGAAUAAAAUGGAUAAGGAGAGAAUGCUGAGGGAGUCCCUGCGGCUCUACCAGCAGAUCAGCCAGCACACAGACCUGCCGCUCGUCUGCUCCCAGUACCGGCAAGUGCGUUUCUACGAGGGAGUCCUGGAGUUGUGCCUCACAGCCGCCGACAAGAAGGAUCCGCAGAGGCUCGGGCCUCACUUCUACAAGAACGGCGAGCCCGAGGAGGACCGAGUGGGGCAGCAGGCCUUCCAGGAAAGACUUUCGUGUUACAAGUGCAUCACGGACACCAUGCAGGAGCUGGUGAACCAGAGCAAAGCCGCCCCCCAGUCGCCCAGCGUCCCAAAGCAGCCCGGACCGCCCGUCAUGACCUCCGACCCCAACAUGCUCAGCAACGAAGAAGCCACAGCCCACUGCGAGCAGAUGCUCGGUCUGGCUCAGAGGUCUCAGGACGAGCUGUUUCACAUCGCUCUGUACAACUGGCUGAUUCAGGCCGACCUGACCGACAAGCUGCUGGAGGUGAAUUCUCCGUACUUGGAGGAACACCUGAUGCACAUGAUCAAACAGGACCAAAGCAAAGUUCAUAACAAGGACCUGCUGUGGCGCUACUAUGAGAAGAACCGGAACUUCGGCAAAGCAGCUCACGUUCUGGCUCGCCUUGCUGACAUGCACAGCACUGAGAUCUCCCUGAAGCAGCGUUUGGAGUAUAUUGCCAGAGCUAUCCUGUCUGCCAAGAGCUCCUCCUGCAUCUCCGCUCAGGCGUCCGACGGAGAGUUUCUCCACGAGCUGGAGGAGAAGAUGGAGCUCGUACGCAUUCAGGUGCAGAUUCAGGACACCCUGAUCAGGCAAUAUUCCCAUCAUCCCUCAGUGAAAAACGUCAUUUCUCAGCUGGACUCUGAGCUCAUGGACAUCACAAAGCUCUACGGAGAGUUCGCCGAUCAUUUCAAACUGUCUGAGUGUAAACUGGCCAUAAUCCACUGUGCCGGACACUCUGACCCCAUACUGGUGCACUCGCUGUGGCAGGAGAUCUUGGAGAAAGAGCUGGGAGACACUGUUGCCAUGAGUCCAGCAGACAGGAUGAUGUCUCUCAAUCUCAAACUCGUGUCACUGGGGAAGAUUUACGCUGGAACGCCAAGAUAUUUCCCUCUGGAGUUCCUGGUGAAGUUCCUGGAGCAGGAGGUCUGUCGGCUCCACUGGGACGUGGGCUUCGUCACGUGCACCAUGCAGGAGAUCGGAGUCCAGCUGCCGCGCCUGCUGGAGGUCUACGACCAGCUCUUCAAAACGAGGGAUCCGUGCUGGCAGCGCCUGAAGAAGCCUCUGCACCUGGUGGAGUGCAUCCACGUGCUUCUGUCUGGAUAUGUGGAAGACCCCAGCAGAGUGCCAACAUACGACAGGCGCCGAUUCACAAAUGUGUGUCUGGACAACAUCUGCGGCUACCUGGUGGAGCUGCAGUCUCUCAGCCCCAACUCGGCCCUCCAGCACACCAUCGGAAACUUCAAGUCUCUGCAGGCGAAGCUGGAGAAGCUCCACUGACGGCCCAGACGGCCGCGGCCGCCCGCCCGCCCGCCCUCAGCGAAACCAGCCCACACGAAGUGCGAUUAUCAGCAAGCACAACUCCACGGUGUUCGAUUCCUCGGCUCCGGCCCGCCUCGCCGCUCCCGUGGGGCUUAUUGUUGAAAGUCAGAUGAUCAAAGUGGGAGAGGCUGCAGACAUGGGUUUUAUAACUUAUUUGAUACGAUUUUGUUAGUCUGUACGUUUUUUGAUGUUGCAUAAUUUUAGGAGAGGGUUUGCAAUGUGUGCAAAAUCCCAAAACUUGAUAAAAUAUUGAUUCACCCCCAGAAAAUCUGACUUUUACUGGUUUGUCGGAACAUCUUGAGAAAGGACUUAAUUUUUUAUAUUUUCUUAUGAAUGCAAAUGACAGAGCUGCUUCAGGCCUUUUCAUCAGACUAAUAACUCCACUUCAAACAAUUUGAAACAUGUUGUAAUUAUGUACAUAACUUUGCUAUUAUUUUGUCUCAUCUGCCAAACGUCAUCCACAAACUUAACAAAAAAAAACCUUUUCUUCGUGUUAUUUGCAGUAAACAUAUCUUCUGUGUGUGUGUGUGUUUGAGAGAGAGACUUUUUUGAUGGUUUUGCUGAAGUCAGCCCACACUGCUGAGAUCCACACGAAGAAGACAGCAACUCCUAUAAAAAAACACUUUUUAACGAAAUAAAA